UCGGGGCUACCGGCAGGGAGAGCCAGAACAGUACGACUUGUCUCGGGCAAAAAGAAAAGAGCUGAGUCUGAGUGUACUACUGAUGUGCUGCUGGGAGUUGUAUCCAAACUCAGAUCCGGCCUCAGAAGCAAAACAGCUUCAGCUCUGCUAAUAAUUAGCGGGCAGCUUUGGUCUGAUGCUCCAGUGGGUUUCCAGACUGCUUUAUCUGGGACAGAAGCGUGUUUUGCAGAACAAAGGCUGAAUAUUGCUACUUUUUAUGAAAAGGUCUGGAACUCUGGGUUACACACUGUGCAAAGUAAAGCGAAGCAGACUGGUUGGUGUGUUUCUUCCCUCCCCGUUAGGACGGCCUCUAACGCGCUCUCUCCAGCGCCUUCAGGAAGUCUGAACAAACAGGAGCCCGCUUCACUGUGCGCAUGUAGACCAGGGCACAGGCUCCCAUUUCCUCCGAAGAGGACCGAUGAGUUCAGGUGUGUCUUGGAUUAACCAUUAAGCAUAAACUUUAUCCAGCGUCGCUCCUGCCGAGCUCAAGACAACUGGAGGUUUCACCUGCUGUGGGGUUUCAUCUGGGAAAAUGUUGGAAAGGAUCUUCAUCUUCCUCUUCUUGCCCUCCGUUUUGGCGGCACAGCUCUGUAAACCAGAUGCUCCAGAGGGCUUCAAAGUUCGACUCAGCAUCAAAACUGCUCUGCAAGAUGAAGCUUAUGAGUGGGACGGAAAUGAAAGGUUCCUUUUCCAGGCCACCCUUGCUUUUGCCAUGAGCAGACACACAAGGCAAGAAUUUAACGUGUCAAACAUCCUCGUGUGCGACGAGACUCCCCGCGUGUCCUUCUGGUUCGUGGUCACGUCGCCUGAUGACCCGUCCCAACUUAUAAACAGAGGAAAGGUGGAGGCGGCUGUCAGGAUGUCCAGGAACCGUAUCAACAGCGCCUUCCUGCUCUCUGAUGAAACCCUGGAGUUUGUGGGCAUCCUGCCUACCCUGGCAGCCCCCGUGGAGCCCGCUAGCCCUCCGUGGCUCAUCGUGUUCGGGGUGGUGAUGGGCCUGGUGGGGGCCGGCAUCGUCUUUCUGCUUGUCUCCACGGUGCUCCAAAAGAGGCGCAAGAAAAACCAGGAGGGAGACGAGGGGGACGAUGAUGAAGAGGCACGGGUGAAAACGGCGGAAAAUGGAUGUAGGAGCGACGGCAUUUAUAACACGUCGUUCUCAGAAGAUGAACCAAACACACAAAUGUAAAAAGAAGAAUAAAAAUCCACAGCAUCAGUCUUCCAUGUAGGCUGGUGAGAGUGGAAAAACAAUAUUAGGCUGCUCUCUUUAAAGCCUGUUGGACACUGUAAUAUUUUAGUAACGUGCAAAAUCGUGAUAUUACUACGGAAGUGAUUUUUAUGCUUUUAUCUUUGGACGUUAUCAGCAAAAGCACCGACUUUCAUUACUGCCAAGCCCAGCACAUAAACCAUUCUUUCACCUUUUUACCUGUUCUGUACCAAAACGUGUUUUCUUAUGUGAGAUAAUAUCUGAAGUUAAAUUAAAGGUUUCUCUGUGAAUUCUCUGUGGAGUUGCAUUGUAAAAAAAA